ACACACAUGCAACCACACACACACACACACACACACACUUCCACUGACUCUACCAGCAGUCUGCACAGAUUGAGUCAGUCAGCAGCAGCAGCAAGUUAGCAACCUUCCCAAACAUGACCCGUACUGUGCUUCUCUGCCUUUCGCUAUUCUGUGGGCUCUGCUGGGGCCAGAACCCCGAUACACAGACUAACUACACAAGGCCUGUAUUUCACUGUGGAGGAGAUAUAAUCGGAGAUUCUGGAUACAUAGCAAGCGAAGGCUUUCCAAACUAUUACCCCCACAACAAGAAAUGCGUGUGGAAUAUUACGGUCCCUGAGGGCCACGUGGUAAUGCUCUCAUUUCGUGUGCUGGAUAUGGAAUCAGACCCCAACUGUCGCUAUGAUUACCUUAGCAUAUAUAACGGGCAUAGCCGAAGCGCACAGGAGUUAGCACGUGUGUGCGGGACGUUCCGCCCCGGUGCGCUCAUGUCCACUGGCCCUACCAUGAUGCUGGAGAUGGUAGCAGAUGAGGAAACUGGAGGGCGUGGAUUUCUGGCUUGGUACAGUGCAAGUGCCCCUCACAUCAGCGAAAAUCAGUUCUGUGGAGGGAAGUUUGAAAAACCUCAAGGCAGUUUAAGUACCCCCAACUGGCCAGAAAACAAUUAUCCAAGUGGAAUAAGUUGUUCCUGGCACAUAGUUGCCCCACAAAAUCAGGUUGUAGAGUUAUCAUUCAAGAAGUUUGAUGUUGAAGAGGAUAGUUAUUGCCGAUAUGAUUAUGUUGCUGUGUUCAACGGUGGAGAAACUGACAACAACAGACUGAUUGGAAAGUUCUGCGGAGAUUCUGCCCCAGUAUCUAUUUAUUCUGAUGAUAACGAGAUGCUGGUUCAGUUCGUAUCAGAUCUCAGUGUCACGGCCGAUGGCUUUGAGGCUUUCUACAGAAUGAAAGAUGCUUCCGAAGUUAUUAAGAAAAGCCUGGAUUCCAAAUCAACUUCAGCCAGUGCUCCAGCUCCAAAGAUCCCCUCUAAAGAACCUCCAAAACCCAAACCCAUACCAAAAGCCACAGCCAAGCCAACCCUGAAAUCCACAGCCAAGCCUACCAUGAAAGCUACAGCAAUUCCUACCACAAUGGCCACAGCCAAACCCACUAGGAAAUCAAAGCCAACGAAAGAGACAAAUGUGGCAACUGUAGCUACACCCAAGGCAAAGUCCACUGCUUCAUCAGGUGUGUCAAGGAGCCCAGGGUCCGUGAAAUGUCCUGAAAAGUGCAGAAAAACAGGGACGCUCAGCAGCCAUUACUGCGCCAAUCAGUUUGUGGUGACCGGGACAGUGAAGUCUCUCGUUAAGGGUGAAGUGGAGAACACUGUAGUGGCUACCGUCAACAUUAUUGACUCCUAUAAAGUGGGUGACCUGAGCAUCCAGCAAGCAGGGAAAAGUAUGACCAUUAAAGUGGUCAAUGUAUGUCCUCGGUGCCCCAUCCUGAAGCGAGGCACGAGCUAUCUAUUCAUGGGAGCUAUUGACGAGGAAGGAAGAGGAAUGAUUGUUCCUGAGAGUUUUGUCAUUGUCUACAAAGCAGCACAGCAUCAGGCCCUGUCAAAUAUCGCCAAGAAGUCUUGCUAGUGUCUGCCAUUCUCCAAUCCGAUGCACUGUGCCCCCGUCUUCACCCAACAUUCUGCGCUUCCCACUGACGCCAAUCUGCUGUGCCUCGCUGUGACCCAAUGCACUUUCCCAAGUGAAACACUCGGCAACAUUUCCUGAAUGGAAAGCACUCUGCGCCGCUGUCUGACACAUUCUCUCCCAUUCUUUUUUAACCCUAUGCUAAGUGUCAUUCUGAUACACAUGACUGGUGCCGUUUUCCAAUCCCAACAUAGUCUGUGCCACUUUAUGAUCCUACUCCUCUGACCAAAUACAUUUUGCCAAUUUCCAAUCCAAAUGUUCAGUGUCAGCUUCUGAGUCGAACAAUCUAGGUACCAAACCCAAGAUCAGCCUAGAGUUUAAUAUCACUUUUGUGUCCCCUGCCUUCGUUGGCGCUUCUCUGUUUUCUGACAGCAAUUCACUCUGCUGAUGCUUUAUGCUAAUUAUCUCAAACUUUUUUUUAGCCACCCAGAAAUUCUAUUUAAAAUUGGAAAAGAAAGAAAUCCUUACUGUUUUUCUAUGAUGUCGUAUUUCACUUCUCUGUCUCUUUAGUUUCCUAUAUCAGCCUUCUAUGUCUGUUGCUUUUAUGAGAGAUGUUGGACAGAGAUUUGUGUUGUUCUGCAAAGAUCGAGAAAUUGUUUUAACUUAGUAAAACGAUUAGCACGUUAGUAAAUUUCUGCCUUUUUAAUGAUCAAUAUUUCACUAUCCCCGGCUUACUGUUCUGUUUAUUUCCUUCCUUUCCUUCUAUUCCCUUGCCAUUUAUGAUUUUCUUGCAUUUUUACCUUUCUAUCUGUCCCCAUCCCACCCUCCAACCAUUUUGAACCUCCUGGUCGGUUCCUCUCUUUUUCCCACCUUCUGUCCAUUCUUUUCCAAUUCCGUUCUCUAUAACUCACACCCUCUGUCCAAGAUCUUUCUUAUGCUUCUGUCUAAGGCUCACUUUCUAAAAUGUGUCUCCCUUCCCACGCCUCUUUAUUUCAGCCUCCCCUUGCUUUACUUUCAUGGUUUCUGUGUCUUGUUCCUUAAGAAUAGUUUUGGUACUGGUUCUCUUUAUAUCAAUAUAAUAAAUGAUAUUUUGAUCCAC